CGGGGAUCUGCGGUGGAGUCACUUUGGCGUGCAUCGCCAUGAUGGAGCUGAGCUGCUCAGUGACCGAGGCGAGAACAGCUGAAGCUAGACCUUCUGACUGCAGUAGUGUUUAGAUCGUCUCCUUAUGACGUGACCUCCUCCUUGGCCAAUGAAACGCGGUCUCGAAAAUCGUCACGUUGACGUGUUGCCAUGGCAGCACAAAGUCAGUCCAACACAAACUCAGAGCGAGUUUACCUGCAGCAGCAUGCGAACAACAGGACAGGGAAGGAAAGCGGAGGAUGGGUAAACUCUACAAAGGCCUGAAUGAAUUUCAGGGAUGUGCUUCAUCUAUUCCAACCAAGUACCAGACAAUCAUCAUCAGCAAUGAAGAGAAGAAAGGCUUUUCCUCACAGUCAAAAAGGUUUCAAGAUCACCUGAAUGAGAAUCCAGGGCCUGGUUCUUAUAUCUCACAUACACCUGCUGAGGGAUACAGUCCUUCAUUCUCUAAGAGAGGAACAGGCAGCUUUGCGUCAAAAGCUGGUCGUGUGCCCCGUAGCUUCCAGAGAUUAAGCCCAGGACCUGAUGCUUAUAACCUCCAGACGUCUCUAUUUUACAAGCACGAUUUUAACAGAGGAGAAUCCAGAAUGUUUCGUCUGCCUGUUGCAGUAAAGACGGAAAAACCAAAAAAUGAAAAUCCUGCACCAAAUCUAUAUGAUGUGUCUUAUAGUGCUGUGGACAAAAAAUCAACUGUUUCAGCUCAAAGUGCAUUUCGCUCUAAAACCAGACGGAGUGCCAGUGUCUCAGACAGCUUUAAAGGACCCUCUCCCUGCCACUAUAACGUGAGUGACGUUUUGCUCCAGAAGACGCCUCAAGUUCCUUACUCCUGUUUUAAAUCCACCACUUCCCGGAUCCAGCCACCAGUGAGAAACAACAUCCCUGGUCCCGGGACCUAUAGCCCCUAUCAACCACCAGAACCUGUGAAGAGAACCGUUCUGCCAAGGAGACACUACUUGGGAUUAUCAGCGCCACCUCUGAUACCCACCAAAGACCCACCCUUCCCAGGCCCGGGACAUUAUGACAUAGUGAACUACAAUCGUCCGGUUAAACACCUCGUGUCUAGCGCUGCCUUCCUGUCUGGGACAAGCAGGUGGAUACAGGACGUCAAAGGACAGGAUAUACCUGGUCCAGGUUUCUAUGAACCCAUGGUCCUUUCAAAGACGUCGUUCUUGUAUAAUCCUGCAAAUAUGUGGAUGCCAGCUUAAACAAACUUUUAUUAAACAAGUUUUAGUAAACAGUUUAAUACAGAUUUUAAGUAUUUGAUUGCUCGUCUCAUAAAAUGCCAGUCUUUAUAAGAAUAGUACUUUACAUUAUUAUUAUGUAGAAUGGUUCUAUUGUGCUUACAAACUGCUUUAAUGAAGAGAUAUACACUGGCAAUCAAAAAUGUGAAAUAAUUAAGAUAUUUAAAUAAAUCUUUAAUUAGUCUCUUAUUCUCA